AUUUUCUUCACACGUCAUCACUAAAACACACACUAAUGUAAUCAAACAGAGACUUGGAUUGGGUAGAGGUCCGAGCACCAAGCGAAUUAAUUAUUUGACAUGAGUUUUCAAACUAUCGUCCCAGAUAGGAACAGCGAAAAUGCGAAUGGAAUCAGAAUAAGUAGCUAGCUAGCUAUUUAUGCUACACGCAUAGGAUUUGCUCUCGACGAACGGCCUUCAGUUCUGUAUGGAACUGCAGAAUGUGCCUUACACACACCAGUCACCAUGAGGUUACCAAAGUUGGCCAGUGUUUUUGUCUUCUUUGGCUGCCUGGCAGCUUACCUGAUGUUUGUUAAGCGCCACUAUGAUGGUGUAAGGCCAGCCAUCUCCAAAAUACCACCUCACUUCCCACACAGAUUGGGCUUGUCGGGCAGUCCCAACAGACCGACCACCUCAGAAGUGGUCAGCGGACGUUUCCAGUAUGGCGUUAUGUUUGAUGCUGGGAGCACAGGGACAAGGAUCCAUGUCUUCAAGUUUCAACUGGAGGACAACGAGGCUCCUAAAUUGGCACAUGAAACAUUCAGAGCAAUAAAACCAGGUCUAUCYGCAUAUGCUGAUGACCCAGAAAAGUGUAAAGAAGGGAUCCUGGAGCUGUUGGCUGUGGCCCAAGGCAGCAUUCCCUCCUCUGUAUGGAGCAGCACUCCUCUGGUCCUCAAGGCCACUGCAGGCCUCCGUCUUUUGCCUGGGGAGAAGGCCACACACCUACUGGACAGGGUGAGGGAGGUGUUUGGGGAGUCUCCAUUCCUGUCCAGAGGGGACAGUGUGUCCAUAAUGGAUGGCACUGAUGAAGGGAUCUCUGCUUGGAUCACUGUCAACUUCCUCACAGGGGGUCUCCACAGCUCUGACACACCCACUGUGGGGAUGCUGGAUUUGGGAGGGGGGUCCACCCAGAUCACCUUCUCCCCUCAGGAUGAGAAAACCAUCCAGACCUCACCCAUCAACUACAUUACAUCAUUUCAGAUGUUCAACAGCACCCACACACUCUACUCACACAGCUACCUUGGUCUAGGCUUGAUGUCGGCAAGACUAGCUAUCUUGGGAGGAAUCGAGGGACAGCCUUUAGAGGGCGCCAGCACCGAGCUAGUAAGCCCCUGCUUAGCCCCGGAAUACUCUGGYCAAUGGGAACAUGCAGAAGUUCUGUAUACUGUGAAGGGCCAGAAGGCAGGAGAGCCCAUUUAUGAGUCAUGCCUUAGGAAAGUGGAGAAGAUGCUGUAYAGAAAGGUGACGAAGGCAGGGGAAGCCAAAGAUAUGGAAUUCUAUGCCUUUUCCUACUACUAUGACAGAGCUGUGGAUCUGGGUGCUAUUGAUGAGAAAACWGGAGGGACUAUAAAAGUCAGCGACUACAUUGAUGCUGCCAAGAGAGUGUGCAACGGAAUGCCGGUUACUUCAGGAGAGAAUCCUUUCCUUUGUCUGGAUCUGACCUACAUCUCUGGGAUGCUGCAAGAGCUUGGUUUUCCCAGAGAUAAAGUAUUUAAGCUGGCGAGGAAGAUUGACGAAGUGGAGACUAGCUGGGCUCUGGGGGCUACUUUCCACUACAUCGAGUCCCUCCGCAGUCAGUGAGCUGCCAGUCUCUCCUCUCACUCGCCACUGCCAUGACGUGCCAGUGAUUCUGUGCUGCAAAGUAUGCUCUGGGAAAAUGCCCCCCGGUGAUUGUACCUGUUCUUAAGUUUGAUCAAAAUGUGAGUUUAUAUUACCAGUCACCUUUGGAUGUUUUACUUUUAUCUUUUGGCAGGUGUGAUUGUUUUGUACUUAUAAAGGAAUGUUAGUUGUAUAGUAAUCAAGCACAUGGUACUGGUGUAUUUUGAAGGAGCAUGACCUAUUACAUAUUUGGUAUUUUUAAAUAUAAGGUUGCUAAAAUGUAAAUGUCUGUACAAUUGUAUACAGUUCAGAAUCAUGAACUAAAAUAUUGAAGGCAUAUGUAUUUUGAAUGAUAAAACAAAUUGAAACAA